AUGCUUACCUUAUCUAGACUUCAAACUGAGUUGGAUGACAGGGCAGCUACGCCAGCCCCGGCGCAGCCAAGUUUUUGGAAAGAGUUUAGGCGACGUAUGAGAUAUCUGUUUUGUUGUGGUGCAAACAACAACCGUCUUGAGCCAGAUUUUACUGACCUUAAUGAAGUCUAUGUUCCUAAAAUGUAUCCAGACUGGUUGCCGCUGGAGCAAAACCAAAGAUAUCAGAAUAACAAGCAGCGCCUUUAUCAAGCAGCAUAUGAGAACAUAUGCCCAGCAGAUCACAUAGUCCCAGAAAGAGACAAGCGUGGAGAGUUGGUUCAAAUAGGCAGUGGUCGUUAUGGAACUGUGUUUCUGGCUAGAUAUAAACCGACUGGAGAUUAUGUCGCUGUGAAGAGAUUCAAAAGAAACAAGUCAUCUGAGAUACACAUUCGCAGAGAAGCAGCCUUUCUCGACAUCCUACAAGAAACCAAAUUGUGCCCAAAGUUCUACGGCAUACUUGAAGAGAAGCGUCAAAGCACCAGCAAGUUUGCCAACCUAUCUAUUGUUAUGGAGCUGGUGCGACUCAAGGAAAACACAAAACAGUGUUUUAACUUGAAGAGUUUCGUGCAGACCCAGUUUGCUCGUGGUGGCUUGACGACCAAAGACUGGUUUAACUUCAAUAUAGAGCUGGCGCAAGGUCUCAUGGAAGUCCACGAGCGUGGCAUUUGCAUCCUAAACCUGAAGGAUGAAAAUAUAAUGGUGUCAAGGGACAGCGAGGGCGCCAUUCACCCACGACUGGUAGACCUUGGCGGCGUCGUGCUAUUGGACGACGACAAUCCUAUCGUGCCACCGCAGACAUUCACAGAGAGGAAGUUGAAUAUUUUCAACAAAAAGCGACCUAGUCUGGCCCCUGAGUUAUUUAAAUCCAGUAAACCUACUGCACAGAUAGACAUUUUCAGUCUUGGAUGUAUCUUUGAAGAUCUCGGAAAACGAGAGAUGAUGUGCGAUUUGACGGAGCUCGCCCUGUGGUGUACGACUAGCGAUCCUUCCCUGCGUCCAACGUUGGCUGUUAUUGUGAAAGAGUUGGGUGAGCUUGCGGUUAAACUUUGA